AAACAAAAAUCAAAGAAUGUUCACCACUUUAAAAUUCAAAACCUCUACACAGAUCCACAUAUAACCCCACAAGUCCACAGCACAGAAAGGCCAAACCUUUAUCUCUCAACUUCAUUUCCCAUAUAACAAAAACAAGAGAAUUAGCAAAGCAAAUGGGUGCUUACAGGGCAGAUGAUGACUAUGAUUAUCUAUUCAAGUUAGUGUUGAUAGGUGAUUCUGGUGUUGGAAAAUCCAAUCUUUUGUCAAGAUUUACAAGAAAUGAAUUCAGUUUGGAAUCCAAAUCCACUAUUGGAGUUGAAUUCGCCACUCGUAGUAUCCAUGUUGAUGAUAAAGUUGUCAAAGCUCAGAUUUGGGACACUGCUGGCCAAGAAAGAUACCGUGCAAUUACUAGUGCAUAUUAUCGAGGAGCCGUUGGUGCCUUGCUUGUCUAUGAUGUCACUCGACAUGUCACUUUUGAGAAUGUGGAGAGAUGGCUAAAGGAACUUCGUGAUCACACUGAUUCAAACAUUGUGAUUAUGCUUGUGGGAAACAAAGCAGAUUUGCGUCACUUGCGUGCAGUUACUACUGAGGAUGCCACUGCAUUUGCUGAGAGAGAAAAUACUUUUUUCAUGGAGACCUCUGCCCUAGAGUCCUUGAAUGUUGAAAAUGCUUUUACUGAAGUGCUCACUCAGAUUCAUCGUGUAGUCAGCCGGAAGGCUCUUGAUGUUGGGGAUGAUCCUGCAGCCUUGCCCAAGGGACAGACUAUUACUGUCGGCAAAGAUGAUGUAUCAGCUGUGAAAAAGGUUGGAUGCUGCUCCGCAUAGAUAGAAUAGAUGAAAGAAGUAAUGGUGGUAAUAGUUUCUCCUAUUUCAUAAUUUGCCUUUUUGUUAUUUGAAGACGCCUUUCAGACACGUGAAUGUUAAGAUGGAUUAUUGUAGUCCAAUUGCUUGCCUAGAAACUACCAAACUUAUUGAGGUUGAGAGAAAGCUUAACUGCUUAAGGUUAUGGAUCCAAGAGGCAUAUGCAUUUGAUUGCCAUUCCUUUUUCCUUCUUUCUUUUGAUUGUUCUUUUGUAAGUUUGUUCCUUGGAGUGUUGUAAUUUUUAGACAGUUUCAACCCUCUAGUUUAGAUUCAAUUUUAUUGCUUGAA